GUUUGUGUCAUAGGUUUUUUUUUUAAUUUAAAUUAUUUGUCAGUGACUUGUACUGCUUGAUGCAAUGGAUGACACUCUGAGUCAGUUCAUCGCUCAGACUGGGAUAGAUCCGAGCUUAGCGAGAGACCUAUUAGAGAGUACAAAUUGGAAUGUUGACGAAGCGCUUUCAGCUUUUGAAGCGCUUUCGCUUGGCUCUUCAGCUUCAUGUACGCAAAGCAAAGGACAGUGUGGUGAUGAUAGUCAUAUUGCGAGUGGAAAAGGCAAACGUGGGCUGUCGAUGGUUAAUGCCGAUAUCGUUGGAGAAGCUAGGCAUAAAGUGAUAGAGGACAAGGUGCCGGGUACAGACGAGAGAUACGAAAGAUUUGAGGAAAUGUCCGAUUUCACUUUCGUUUUACCAGAUUUGUCCAACUUCCCAGAAGAAUUAAGCGACUUCCUCCGGAGAGACUUAAUUGAAACCUCGGCUUUAGUCGCUUUGGAGCAAGCAGGACGGCUGAACUGGUGGGCUGAUUCAGGUGUUUGCCAGCGUCUUUUGCCCCUGGCAACAGUGGGAGAUGGCAACUGUUUGUUACAUGCUGCCUCUCUGGGAAUGUGGGGAUUCCAAGAUCGCCUCCUUACUUUACGCAAGGCCUUAUAUGAUACACUUACAAGUCACUUGGCCAAAGGAGCUAUUAAACGCCGUUGGAGAUUUCAACAGUGGGAGAAAAAUAAGGAGGCUGGUGGACUGCUCUACUCAGAACAAGAGUGGGAAGAUGAAUGGCAGGAGGUGUUACGCAUAGCCUCUACACAGCGCCGACUGGAUCAUGAGCAAAAGGCAGCUACAGAGUGCAAAAAAGGAGGGGAGACAGCCCCAACUUUAGCCUCUAUAGCUGAGAAGGAAAAUGAGGAUACGCAUGACUCUGCCACAGCAAAGGAUGCUGAGGAUGUGGUUGACCCACCAAAAGCAGAACAAGAUGGAAUUGUUAAGAAGGAUAAUGAAGAUCAGAGUGAGUCACCUGCACCAGAUGGUUCAAAAGAAAAAAUUACUGAAGAAACUGAGAUAGGAGCAUUUGAAAGCUUAGAGGACAUUCAUGUCUUUGUUUUGGCACAGGUUCUGAGACGUCCAAUUAUAAUCAUAGCUGACCAGUUUUUGUACGGAUUUGGAGGGGAACCAAUCGCACCCAUUCCCUUUGGAGGGGUUUAUCUUCCAUUGGAGUGUGAUCCAAGUAUAUGCAUUAAAAGUCCAUUGGUUCUAGCUUUUGAUUCAGCGCACUUUUCUCCUUUGGUGCCUUCAGAGGAAAAGAAGGACUCUAAGAGCAAUUCUGUGAAAGCCUCUGUGCCUCUGGUAGGACCAAACUAUGAUUUGCUGCCACUGCAGUUUUCCAUGGAUCCAGGAGAAGAUUUUGUUUGGAGUGACCUGGAUGGUGACUCAAGUGUGGCAAAGAACUUUGCAUUAAGCAUGGAUGUAAAGCUGGAGCUUUUAAAGAAAUAUUUACGUGUGGAACUGAUAAAAGUUCCUUGCACAAGCAAGAAAGACACUUCUGAAGACAACAAGGUGGCUUCCAAAGGAGAGAAAACAGUGGAGCCUUCAGGGAGCAAUGCUGAUAGUGAAACAAAAGUAGACAAAAAAUUGCCUUCAAAAUCUGCUGAGAAGAAAGAGAAAUCUUGGAUUGCUACACAGAUCAUGAAAGUGGGUGUGAUGGCAGGAGUUGUGGGAAGUGUUGUUCACAACAAUGUCUAUGUUGCAAAACUACAAACUGACAAGAAACCAAAUUACUAUGACAAAAUGAUCGAAAACUAUAUUGGAACAGCAAAGCUCCGAUUUGAGGAAGAGAAGAAAUCCCUGGCAAAAGCUUCCAAAAGUUCAUUAGACCCUGGAGAGAAACCGCAGCCAUGUAUUAACCCUGGAUGCCAACUGUAUGGAACUUCUGCUACAAAUUAUCUUUGCUCUGGCUGUUUUAAAACUCAGAAAUCUUACAGUGAGAGUGGUCGGUACCUUGAAAGCUCAGUGCCAAACAGGUCAGCUGUGUCAAAUUAUGACACCAGUGGAAUAUCAAGUUACCUACCACCUCCUUCAUACUCUGCGUAUGUUCCUUAUGGGUAUUUUUGUGGCAACACCAUUGGAACACAUGGCUUCAAUACUCCUUCUACAGAUCAAUUGCCUUCAUAUAGUGAUGCAGUGAAAAGUAGGGGCAAUAGCACAGAAUCUUCUUCGGUGUCAUCUGGCUCAGUUGUCAAGCUUAAACCAAGUAAUGGAAGUGACAGUACCUCAGGUCAGACAGUCAUAAAGUGUUCCUCCAAAGACUGCCAGUUUUAUGGCAGUCCAGAAAAGAAGGGAUAUUGUUCCACAUGCUACAAAACAUAUCAAAAGUCAUUGAAGUAUAUGGCAGAAGAAAAUGAGAACAAAAAAUCUUAAGCUGUCUAAAAUUAGUCUUGCUAACCAAAUUUAGUCCAGAGGAUAUGAAAACUUAGUUGGUACUACAUUCAUCCUUUACUAAAUCCUUAGAUUUAUUUGAUACUUGUCCAUUAAUUGUUUACUAACCAAGUUUUAGGUCUGUAUUGUAUGUUACCGACUGAGUUUUUGCAUGCAGGCCAUAAAUCUGAGCAGAAAAAUUGAGCUUCCAUAACUUAAAAUACAAACUGAUAAAACUAGGUUAGGAAAGAUAUUUAUAACUAACAUCUCUGGGUUAAAAUAUUGGGGUAAGAUAUCAGUUUAUUAAAACAGACUUGUGAAUUUAGUGGCCUGACGGUGAAAUACAGCCUCUUUAAUUGACCAAUCAUAGCAACAUACUACAUGAGAGAUGCAUUAAUGAAAAGUAGAUCAUUGCAGUUCUUAGCUAUACCAAAGGGAACAAUUCUUGUGAAGUGGCCUAAGAUCACAUCCAAUUUUUGGAGACAAACUAGGAAAAUUAUUGAUUGAAAUUGAGGGUUACAAGUAAACAAACCUCAAAUUUGUUCUGCUGCUAAUUUUUCCAAGUUUCCAUUUCAAAUUGAAAAAAAUUUUACUUGGAAAAAUUCAAGUCAUAUCCAAGUGUUUCAAAGCUGUUUGCUCUU